AUGCGCCUCAUCCCGAGAGAGCUUGAUAAGCUCACCAUCUCGCAGCUGGGUUUCCUGGCGCAGAGACGGCUCGCGCGUGGAGUCAGGUUGAACCAUGCGGAGGCCACGGCGUUGAUAUCGUCGAACCUCCAAGAGUUGAUUCGAGAUGGGAACCAUACGGUGGCGGACCUGAUGGCUAUAGGCAAGACGAUGCUUGGUCGUCGUCAUGUCCUGCCGUCGGUGGUUGCCAGUCUGACUCAGUUGCAGGUCGAGGGGACCUUCAUCUGCGGGACGUAUUUGGUCACUGUCCAUAAUCCCAUCUGCUCGGAUGACGGAGACCUGGAGAAGGCGUUGUACGGUAGUUUCUUGCCUGUGCCGCCGGAUGAUCUGUUCCCGGAUCCUGAGCCGGAGGAAUACCUGCCUGAGCGUAUGCCGGGCGCUGUCGUCGUCGUCAAGGAGAAGAAGAUCGUUCUCAGCGCCGGACGGAAGAGAAUCAAGCUUAGAGUGACUAGUAAAGGCGAUAGGCCGAUACAGGUAGGCUCGCAUUAUCAUUUUAUCGAAACGAACCCGCAGCUUGAGUUUGAUCGAGCUCAGGCGUACGGGUUCCGUCUUGAUAUACCGGCUGGCAGCUCCCAUAGAUUCGAGCCGGGAGAGUCAAAGACCGUUCAGCUCGUCGAGAUUGGCGGCCACAAGGUGAUUAAGGGAGGCAAUUUCCUGGCUACGGGGAAGGUUGACAGCGGUCGACGGGAGAGGAUACUGCACCGCAUCACGGAGGCUGGCUUCCUUCAUAUACCGGAACCGACGGUUGAUGCGAGCUUGGUGACGCCUUUCUCUAUGACCCGAGAGGCGUAUGCACGCAUGUUUGGUCCCACGACAGGAGACUUGAUUAAACUGGCUGCUACGGACUUGUGGGUUAGGGUUGAAAAGGACCUUACCACCUAUGGUGAUGAAUGUACCUUUGGCGGAGGAAAGUCGUUGAGAGAAGGUAUGGGACAGGCCACCGGUAGACGUGCAGAUGAGGUCCUGGAUAGCUGCAUCACCAAUGCAGUCAUUCUCGACUGGACGGGCAUCUACAAGGCAGAUAUCGGUAUCAAGAACGGCAUCAUCGUUGGCAUUGGAAAGGCAGGCAACCCGGAUGUUAUGGAUGGUAUCACGCCUGGAAUGAUUAUCGGCUCAGCUACGGAUAUUGUUGCCGGGGAAAGGAUGUUUGUCACCGCUGGCGGUAUCGAUACCCAUAUUCAUUUCAUCUGUCCACAGCAGGUAGACGAGGCACUCGCAUCCGGUAUCACGACCAUGUUGGGGGGCGGCACCGGCCCGUCUGAAGGCACAAACGCAACAACUUGCACACCUUCGCCAAACGCUAUCCGCCAAAUGAUCCAAUCCUCAGACAAUUUCCCUAUGAACUUCGCUUUCACCGGCAAAGGAAACGACAGUGAACAACGCGGUCUCAGGGACCAGGUUCGCGCUGGUGCCGCCGGCCUCAAGAUACACGAGGACUGGGGUUCAACCCCGGCAGCCAUCGACAGCUGUCUUUCCGUUUGCGACGAGCUAGAUGUUCAAUGUCUCAUCCAUACCGACACACUUAACGAGUCCGGUUUCGUCGAACAGACGAUCAAGGCCUUCAAGGACAGGGUAAUUCACACCUAUCAUACUGAAGGUGCUGGUGGCGGCCACGCUCCUGACAUCAUAUCCGUGUGCGAACAUCCCAACGUUCUGCCCUCCAGUACCAAUCCCAGCAGACCGUAUACCCUCAAUACUCUGGACGAGCAUCUAGACAUGGUAAUGGUCUGCCACCAUCUAUCCAAACAUAUCCCUGAAGAUGUGGCUUUUGCAGAGUCUCGUAUUCGCGCCGAAACCAUCGCUGCCGAAGACGUACUACAUGACAUGGGCGCUAUAAGCAUGAUGUCCUCUGAUUCCCAGGCCAUGGGGCGCUGUGGUGAAGUUAUACUUCGAACCUGGCACACAGCACAUAAGAAUAAGCUGCAACGCGGCCGUUUGCCGGAAGACGAGGGUACCGACUGCGAUAACUUCAGGGCCAAGCGGUACGUGAGUAAAUAUACCAUCAACCCAGCAAUUGCACAGGGCAUGAGCCAUCUCAUUGGCAGCGUGGAGGUUGGAAAGGUAGCAGACCUGGUAUUGUGGAAGUUUGCCAGCUUUGGUGUGAAGCCCAACCUGGUCUUGAAGAGUGGGAUGAUUGCCAAUGCGCAGAUGGGUGAUGCAAAUGGUUCUAUUCCUACCAUCGAACCGAUCAUGUCCCGGCCUAUGUGGGGUGCCUUUGUGCCCAAUACAUCCAUCAUAUUCGUGUCUCAAUCAUCCGUUGACGAAGGUGUAAUUGACACAUACGAUCUCAAGAAACGAGUCGAACCGGUUAAGAACUGUAGGAAUAUAGGCAAAGCCAACAUGAAGUUCAACGAUACCAUGCCGAAGAUGAGAGUUGAUCCAGAGAGUUAUACCGUGGAAGCAGAUGGAAUGAUAUGCGAUGCUGACCCGAUUCAAAACCUACCGCUUUGUCAGGACUAUUUCAUAUAUUAG